AUUUAACGAAGCAGAAGGCGGAGCAACCCGUCGCUACAUUUAAUUUUGGGUUUUUUCGACGACUUUAGGGAGGUUAUCUUUUGUGAAACUAAACAAACGCGGUAAGUGGUGGAAUCAAGGCUGAUAGGUAGCUGCUCGGCUCGCCAGGCUAACUCGAGCACUGCGUAGUCCUUAAAAGCCAUUAAUUGGCUCAAAGUGAGGACUGCUGGGUAAUCCAGGGAGGUUUACAGAAGGGCUGAGUGACAUUUAGCACCACAACCGAACAGGUGAUCUGUCACAGGUGGACCGAGUCAAACGACAGCCUCCCCUGACAGCUGGUGUGCAGUCGCUAUGUAGGUCAGCUUGUGACAGCACGGCUUCAGUCUACAGAACUUGACAGCUGUGUCUUUUCUUGCCAAAGAUCCAGUUACUGGUCAGCAGUGUCUGACUCGGACAGUGAGACUGGGAUCAUGUCCAGGCGUAGUCUGUGUAGUCUACGUUUGGAUGAUGGCCUGCUGGACCGCAGCCUGCCGCUCGGCAGCACCUCCUUCAGUCUUGGAGGUAGCAGCUGGAGAAACACCAGGACGUUAAAGUCCCUUCGUUCGCAGCAGUUGUCUGUCUCUUGCUCCGAGUCUGUCCUUGUCCACACGCCGCGUAAACCCUCUGGCCAUUCAUUCCACAGCGUGACGUCCGACGCCUCGCUGAUCACGUCCAUGCUGGAUGAGUCCUCGCUCCUCGAGUCCUCCAUCCAGGAGACCACCGUGGUUGACUCCUUCUGGGGUUUGGACCAGGACCUUGAUCCGAAAGAGAGCACCAUCACGGCGGAGCAGAGCAGUGUUCUGGCCAACAGCACCCUGAUUGCUUCCGACUGCCGCUGUCCCAAACACCCGGUCCAGACACUGACUCGAGUUUCCUGCAAAGACUGUGAGUCCGACAGGAGAGAGUCAGGAACCACAAACUGCUCCUCCUCAAAGCACACGACCGCGCCUGCCUUGGAAUCGUCCACCAUCUACUGCAGAGACCGACGUCGGCAGGUCCAAACAGCGGGUGUUCUGAGUUCCAUUUGGAAUGCUGGUGCUCACGCCAGCAGGCGGUACCUUUCUUGUGUCUUUGCUAUGCUGGUGGUGUUCUACCAGCAGCUGCACAAACAUCACCAUGUGUCAGAUGUUCUGCAGCUGUGGUGGGACUGGUCCCUGUUUGGCGUGAGGAGGGUGGUGUCCUGUUACCACUUUGUGCUGAUGCACAUGUGGCAGCUGUGCCGGGGCUUGAGCUCAAAGACCACAGGGGCCAGCAGUCAGAAUGAAAAUCGACAUGGAGGUCCUGGCUCUCGUCUCGGCCACGGUGGCACCAUGAGCACCAAGCAGGCGGAGCAUCAUGCCAACGGAUCUCUGUGUGAGUUAUCAGACACAAACACUCGCGCAGGUGACGACUGUAAGAAAAGGCAGCGAGCGGAGACUCAUGACGUCGGCUCGUCUUCGUCCGCUCGGGCCUCGGCUCUCAUCUGCUUGUUGGUGCUCACGUGGAACAUGGCUGUGUUUACAGUAUGGUGUUUGUGUCGGCUGACCUCACUCGCCUGGACUCUGACCAGGACGAUCUGGUCUUCUAUCUGCCUCAGACGCUCUGCAGGUAGUACGCUGGGCGGUGUGUUCAGGUGGAACAGCAGAAGAUGGAGUGACUGUCCUCUGCUGACUUGGUUUCCAAUUGGACUCUUCGUGGUUCUUCUCCUUUUUUGUUUGUGUUGUUUUGGUCCCACUGGUCUACCGGCUCUGAGCGUCCUUGAGUGGAGGACUUCAGUCUCCUACGUCCCGGUCCUGUCCUCAGUCUACAGUCUGGUUUCCUCAGAGAGCCAAGCAGCAGCAGCAGAGGGCGCUGUGGAGGACUCAAAGGAGGAAGCGGCAGCAUCACAGUCCGCACGCCUCAACCGUCUGGAGCGCAGUGUGGCGUCGCUGUGGGAGCGUGUGGAGAUGGGCGGGCGGCGAGCGGAGCAACGACACGGCGAGCUGCUGGAGAUGUACUCUGACAUCCAGCAGCGUGACUCCGCCCACAAUGGUCAACUGUGGUUGAGCAGCCUGGUGGACCAGCAGCUGUUUCAGCUGAGGAGGAGACAGGACGAGGACAGACGGCAGAGGGAACAGGAUUUAGUCCAGCAGCAGAGCCAAACGUCCCGUCUGGAUCAUCUGGAGGUGAAGCUGCAGAACCUGGGGGCCAAGACGGAGGAGGUCAGGUUGAGGCAAGAAACAAUGACGGCACCUUCAAUGCUUCCUGCUGUUGUCGUCGGCGUUGCUGUGGACAGUCAGUCCCAUGACGCCUUGCUGGCGGAGGUGGGCCGUCUGGAGACGGCUCUGGAGGAAAUCAGGCGGGACCUCGAGGUUCUGUCAGGAUGUCAAGAUGGCUGCCAGCGACUGGAUUUAGUCCAGCAGACCAUUUCAGCACAGGUCCAUGAGGAGGUCCGGAUUCUGCUCUACGGGAAGGAGCUGACAGAUGUGGGCGAGGCCUCUACAACUUACACCGCCCGCCCAGAUUCGCUGCUCCGCUGGCUGUCCCAGCGCUACGUCAGCGGUGCUGAUCUGCAGGCAUCUUUGGCCUCGCUGGAGCGCAGCAUCCUCCAGAACAUCAGUCUUCAUCUGGAUCGGCGCCGCAGCGAGGCGGAGGUCAGGGAGGCCGCUGUGCACGCAGCCGGGAUGCCCGUGACCAGAGAGGUGAGGAAGGUGGCUGCUGACGGAACUCUCAUGUUUUUCUUCACUGCGUGGUUUGUUUGGCUGCAGGAGGUCAACGUGAUCGUGAAGAACGCACUGCGCCUCUUCUCUCACGACCGGACCGGCCUGGCCGACUACGCCCUGGAGUCUGGAGGGGGCAGCAUCCUGAGCACUCGCUGCUCUGAGACCUACAAGACCAGAGCGGCGCUGCUGAGUUUGUUUGGACUUCCUCUAUGGUACUUCUCUCAGUCUCCUCGCGUCGUCAUCCAGCCAGACGUCCAACCGGGAAACUGCUGGGCCUUCAAAGGCUCCGCGGGCUUCCUGGUGAUCCGGUUGUCCAUGAGGAUCCUCCCCACCGCCUUCUCCCUGGAGCACAUCCCAAAAGCCUUGGCGCCCAGCAGGACUCUGCGCAGCGCCCCGAGAGACUUCAGCGUCUACGGUCUGGAUGACGAGAGUCAGGAAAGAGGGACACUGCUGGGCUCGUACACGUACGAGGAGGAUGGAGACGCACUACAGACGUACUCUGUCGCCGAGGAGAACAACAAAGCCUUCCAGGUCAUCGAGGUCCAGGUGUUGUCCAACUGGGGCCACGAGGAGUACACGUGCAUGUAUCGCUUCAGAGUGCACGGCUCGCCCUGUGAUGCCUGAAAACUUUUUUUUUUUUUUUAAGGCCCCUCCUUAUUUUAGCGCUUUUUUCUUUAUUUCAAGUUCUGAGAAGAAUUUUUUACAAUCUCCUGCACUACUGAGUUUUUUUUUUAAAUUUCCUAAACCUUAAAUUGAUCAAACCCCAAACAUUUCAUCUUUAAACACAAACUACUGAGUGACCUUGAAUGCAAUGCAGGGAGUUUUCAAAGUGGCCUUACGUUUGUGCCAUUUAAAAUGUAGCUCUGUCUGAAUGUAAUAUUACAAUAAGAUGUCUUAAAACCUCGGAAUUGCACUCAACUAAAUGUUUUAUUUAUUUCUCUUCACAGUGAUGGAAGAUAUUUGUCUUUGUGUUGCUCGUUUUCUUUUGUUUUUCUAUGUGAUACGGAAAUAAA